AUGGUUUGGUUCCCCCCCAAAGGGCUGCAUAGUAUCAAGAUUUCUGCAUCUGUCCUCAGAUGUGUGUUUGAUUUGGACCUUCCAUCGUUUCACUGGGCCGGCACAAUCCUGGAUGACACCGGUCCUUCUCGUGCACCGGUCCCUCUUCAGGCGGUGUCCUCAUGGCAAUUCGAGGCCUUCUUUGCCGUCGUGAUCGCGACAAAUAGCUUAUUCAUUGGUUUGAGCAUCGAGUGGGAGGCGCAAGAGCGGACCUUCACGCUUCCCACGGAGCUUUUUGUCAUUCAGAUUACCUACACCCUGCUCUUCCUCGCCGAAGUCUGUCUCAAGCUGCUAGCCUUUGGUGCCAGGGAUUUCUUUUGCUCGUCCGGAUGGGCUUGGAAUUGUUUCGACCUGGCUAUCGUCAUGUCCGCUGUGUUUGAGUGCACCGUGGAGUUUGUGGCACACGACCCGCAUUUGAGCGCGGGCUCCAGCAGCAACCUGCGAAUCUUGCGCAUCCUCCGGAUGACGCGGCUCACGCGGAUCUUCCGCGUGAUCAGGGUGGUGCGCUUUUUCCGGUCCUUGCGAACGCUGGUCUUUUCAAUUGUCAACACCUUGAAGUCACUGUUCUGGGCGAUGUUGCUCUUGGCCAUGAUCAUGUACGUCUUUGGCAUCCUCUUCACAGACAUCUCCAACAACCACAUCAUUGAGAGCGGAACACCCGAGGCUGGAGCGGGAAAUCAGACAACCAGCCUGGAGACCUGCCAGAAAAUGCCCAUGUGCAUGUUGGGUCCACACUUGAGUUUGCACAAGUAG